CGGACUCAGCUUGAGAUGAAGAAAUCUCCGAUUCACACAACGUGUCUAACCCCCUUUGCUUUGCUUAUUAGCUUUUGUCAUAUAAUUUCGUUCCUCUUCCUCGUCAUCCUCACACACAAACAUUUCCGACCAGAUAUAAACCAGACACACACAGAAAGUGAAAAAUGGCGAGCUCAGUGGAGAGGGAGGGUGCAAGAGAGGAAGUUGUUUCCAUGGAACUCCCUGCACCUCCUGGCUGGAAGAAGAAGUUCUUUCUCAAGCAAGGUGGAACCCCAAAAAAAAAUGAGAUUGUAUUUACAUCUCCAACUGGAGAGGAGAUUGUUAGCAAAAGACAAUUGGAACAGUACCUGAAAGCACACUCUGGUGGUCCAGCAGUUUCUGAAUUUGACUGGGGUACUGGCGAGACCCCAAGGAGAUCAGCCAGGAUUAGUGAGAAGGUCAAAACAACUCCCUCUCCAAAAAGUGAGCCUCCGAAGAAACGGAGUAGAAAAUCAUUAGGUUCAAAGAAGGAUAACGAAGACAAAGAAGCUGCACCUGAAGGAGCUGAGGAGGCAAAAGAAGUUCACACUCAUGAUGCUGAAAGAAUUAAAAAGGAUAAUGCAGAUGCAGAGAUGGAAAAGGAACAAAAUCAAGAUGAUAAUAAAGCACAAGAUGCGGAUACCAAAACAGAAGCUGCUCUUCCUAAAGAAGGUAAAGUUGGACAAGAAGUUAAUAUACCUAAUGAUGCUGAAGAAAGCAAGAAAACUGCUGAAGCAGAGCUAGAAAUUUCAAAAGGGACACUUGGUGGAAAGGAAGCUGAGGUUUCUGAAGUAACUCAAGAUGAAAAUGAGAAGUCAGUGGGUGCAAAUGUUCAAGAGAAGACCUUGGAACCACAGGCUGAGGCAGAGAAAGAAGAUGGGUCUCAGCAACAGGUAAAAACGGACACAGGUGCUGGUGAUGAGAGAAAGUGUGAAGUGGAAGGAGAGGGCAAAGAGAAAGAUAACACAAGUGCUCUUGAAUCUGAAGGAGAAAUCAAGGAUAAGUCAGUUACAGGGAACAAUGAUGAGCACAACGCAGGUGUUCAUGAAAACAGCAACAAGGUCGAAGGAGAAGUUAUUGAAAAUGGCAGCCGCAACAGUAAGGCACGUGAGGUCAAGCCUUGAAUAUAAAGUUGGCUAACUGGAUGCUGGCUUCUCUUCCCCUUAGAUCUUCGGGAAGAUAACUGUAGCUUCAAUGUUAUUAAUGUUGUUAAUGUUAGUGAUCUCAUUGUUCAUUCAGACAUCCAUCUAUACAUUCAUAGACUAGGCCUAUAAUGUACCAUCUGUUGUACUGGGAAACAUGUAGCUUGCAGUGACUUUUGUAACAUUGUGUUGUAAAAAUAAUUGUAAUAUGAUACUGUUAUGCAGUCUUGUAUUUAUGCA